UUCAGGAGAGUGUAUAAUGUCGCGUCAUCUAAUGGUUUUCUUCUUUACAAUAGCCAGAGGGUCAAUAAGCAGAGGGUUUAUUAUGUUUAUAAUCCUGCCACGAGGCAUCAUUUAUCUUUACCUAAAACUCAAAUUUGCAUCAAGAAUCCAACCGUUGGAUUUAUUUGUAAGGUAGAUGACACGGAUAAAGAUGUCAUCUCCUUUACUAUAGUCCGCUGUGCAUUGCCUUCUGAUGCGUAUAAAAAGUUCACAAGUGUAACAAUUGAAAGUUUAUCUUCUGAGACUAAAAUCUGGACGGCCAGUAAUCUAACUGAUCAAGUACUUCAUGGACCCUACGCUUCUCGGGAUAUAAAAACAUCAUUAGCUGGUGUCAUCGAUGGAGUAUUCUGUUGGCUUGACCAACGACCACAGAUCACUGUUUAUGAUAGCGUCCCCAAGCGUCUAUCGGCUUUGGCAUUGCCUAAAGAGAUUGGGGCCGGACAGCAUUGUUCUCUUGGAAUAUCAGGUGGGCAAUUGUACUUGGCACUGAAUGAUGGAACUGGGGCAGCCAUCACUGUCACUGUGUGGUACCUCAAGAGCAACAUUCGUAGACGAGGCAAUGCAGUAUGGGUUAGGAAGUAUUUUGCAAAUGUCGCCACUGCGCUUUUACAAUGUCCAGAGGCCAAUUUUGAACUUGCAAGCUCUCGACUUAUUGAGGUGCAGAACAUGGUUAUUCAUCCUGCUGUUCCGCACAUCUUACAACUUGGAAAAGGAUAGUGCAGAAUUUGUGUAUGAUUUUGGAGAACCCGUCUGGAAAGCACAACACUAUACAUUAUUUCCUUACGAGUGAGAUCAAUGGCCACGUCUUCUGCAGACCAAAUAGCGUUGGCUAAUACUUACGUAUUCGUACUUCUUAGAACAUUUGUUGAGUGGUCUAUUUACUUCGAACUUAAGACAUAGACUUUUUAUGGUCUUCUUUUUAUGUCACCUGAAUCCGUGAUUUGAUCUCCAUUCAUACUUUUAGAUGCCUUUGUUUCCAUUUUUCUCAUAUUAUACCUCUCCUUUACCCUCACGUGAAAAUGAACGGAAAAAGUUCCUUCUAAGCUCUUCCUCUUAUAUUGAACUGUCUUGCAUACUUACCAUAUUAUUCCCUUUCAUUGUUUGGUCUCUUGAAGGACUAAUUUUAAUC